ACUGGGUCCCGGCCACCAAUACUCAGCUGGGACUCAGUGAUCAUCGGCAGAACUGACAGGGGAGAGGUCUGUAUCUGCUUUGUAUUGCUCUGCACAGCAGAGCAAUACAAAGCAGCGUGUUUCCCUAGUAAAACACACACAGCACAUAAUGUAAAACACACACAGCACACAGUUAACCCCUUGAUCGCCCCAGAUGUUAACCCCUUUCCUGCCCAGUGUCAUUAGUACAGUGUCAGUGCUUUUUAUUAGCACUGAUCACUGCAUUGGUGUCACUGGGGAGGUCAGUGGCAGUUAGUUCCCCCCUAGUGUCAGAAUGCCCGCCGCAGUCCUG